GAAAAGCACAGUAGGAAAGUGCAGAUUUAAGCAGCUCAACUUCAGAAGUUAUACUGUAGUGGAAGUGUCACGGUACAGAUGGCCACUGGGCGAGCUCGUGCUGCACGGAAGCUUAAACCAUGGCUGGUGGAACAAAUUGACAGUAAAAAAUUCUCAGGGCUUGUAUGGGACGAUGACCAGAAGACCUGUUUCAGAAUUCCAUGGAAACAUGCUGGGAAACAGGACUUUCGCCAUGACGAGGAUGCAGCUAUUUUUAAGGCCUGGGCUGUGUACAAAAACAGGCUUCACCCAGGGGAUAAGUUAGAUGCAGCUUCUUGGAAGACUAGACUGCGUUGUGCCUUGAAUAAAAGUCCAGAAUUCCAGGAGCUUCCAGACAAGUCCCAACUAGACAUAUCUGAACCAUACAAGGUGUACAGAAUUGUUCCACCUGGAGAACAGGUAACUACAGACUCCAGAAGAUCUGGACGGAAGCGAAAGAGCAACACAAUCAUAGCAGGUAGCUCAUCAGAUGAUGAAAUCGCCACCCGUGUGGAGAGGCCACAGAUAAUCCGACUGGAUCUGACUCAUGUUAAUGAUGUAAGAGUAACCAGUUCAGCAUCAUCUGAAGAUUCUGGGAUUGGAAGUGAUACAAGCAACACAGAGACACUUAACACUGCACAGUAUAGUACUGAAUCUCUCAUCCCUCUUUCAGCACUGCCUUUACAGAUGACACAUGCAGAUCUCAUUGCUUCAUCUAUUCAGUCUUUAGAGAUUACAGAUACAGAUAUGCAGGUUACUGUAUUGUACAGUGGUGUGGAAGUUUUACAGAGCCUUGUUCGAAGUGGGGAGUGCAAGUUAUCAGCUGGGGCUCCCUUAAUGAGACCAGGUUCAGGAAUGGAGCAUGUAGCUCUCCCAGCACCAGAUGAACGUCUGGACUUUGAAACACGCAAAAGGACACAAGAUUUGUUAACGAUCUUGCAAUCUGGGGUAAUGCUGGCCAGUAACAAGGAUGGAAUAUUUGUACAACGUCAGAAAUACUGCUCAGGUCGUGUGUUUUGGACUGGGCCAUGUGCAAAUUCAGGAGAGUCCAAUAAACUGGAGAGAGACAUGCAUGUCAAGCUGUUUGACACUUUGAGCUUUCUUAAAGAUCUGGAGAGAUACAAAAGAGAAGGUGGAGUGGCUCCCGGUUAUGAAGUUAUUUUGUGCUUUGGGGAGGAAAUCUCAAAGCAUGAGCCUCUUACCAACAAACUAAUUGUAGCACAGAAUUCAAUUGCCCUUCAACCUCCUCCUUAAGGUUGAUUAAAGUGUCUGAUAGAUGGCAUACUGAAAAUACCCAGAUGCUGUUUUCAAAGCAAAGUUGACAAUUCAAACUCUGUUUAAUCAACAAGUUUGACAUAAACCAUUUGAAAGUACUGUACACCGUCAUUGUUAUAUGGCCACCUACUGAUCUUUUUCCGACUGAAACAUGACACCCAUCUAUUUAUGAAUUUGUUCUUUUGUGCUGUAUUAACUGGGUUCUGAAUACUAUUGAAGAGUAUUUCAAUUCACAAUUCAGUUUGAAACAUUAAAACCUAAUGAUGGUGGAUAUAUUUAAAAUAUGAACUUAUCUUUUUUUGUAUGAUGCCAUAUUUCUUGUCUUGGCCUUGAUAUUUUUUUUAGACUGUUAAAAGAUAAUAGCUUUUUAUGACAUUUAGGGGCAGAUUUAUUAAGGUUUGAGUUGUGUUUUCCACAAAAUUUCGAGUUUUCAAGUUUAUUUUUUUUUUGGUAAAAAUUAAAAUAAAAAAAGAUUUUUUUUAGACCCUGACCCUAGAAAUAGCUUGAAUCUGAAAAUACACCAUCUAAAACUUGCAAGGUGAUGUAGACCUCAAUGCAGAGGUCCCUUGAACCAUUUGAAGAUGUUAAUAGCCGUCAUGAUGUUUUUCGGGUGGAUUUUGCAGUUUGUUCCUGCCAAAAACUCGAUCAAUUCGAGUUUAUCAGGGUUUUUAACCCCGAACUCGCUGAUUCAAGUUUUUCCUAUUUUAAGAUUUUUUUUUAAAAUUAGAAACCAUUCGAGUUGUGAGUUCAUUCGAGUUCAUUCCGGGUAUAUAAAACUAUAAAAUUGACUUUUCAUAAAUAACCCCCUUAGAUUGUGCUGUUGGAUGCUGUGCAAUACGUUACCUGCUGAAUGCAUGGCACACAGCAAUUCACAGAAUUACUAUCUUUCCCUUACACCAUUCACAUCAUUCUAGUUUUUGCAUAAACCUUAUAUGGUGUGUCUUUUUGUUGCACAGUUUUAUGCUAACAAGGCCAAGUGAGUACAAAAAUAAAACAUGUUGACCAGUAGUACAGAACCAAAUUAACUUACUGAUACUACAGAGAGACAAAAAAUGUAGGUAAUCUAGUGGACAAUUUAAACUCUACAACAUAUAUUACAACCAUUGACUUUUAAAUUGUAAGUGAUCACCUUCUAUGCAAUCUGUAUGUUUGAUAUAUGCACCCUUCUGUUGUACAGCCCUGAGAAAUAUGUUGGUGCUUUAUAAAUACUUGUUGUUUGUAAUAAAACCUGUGCUUGAUAGAAGUGUCUUGAGCAAGGACAUUUUAUGGUAAUUGUUAACCAUAAAAAAAGUGGGUGGUGGGCAAAGCUCCAGGGUACCUCAGUGCUAACGUGGCACCAAACACCAGGGAUUCCAGCCUAUUACCUUAUUUUUCUAUGUAAAAUGGGUUUACUUGUAUCUGGUCCCAAUAAAUAAAGUUUUUCAUUUUU